AUGGCCCUUGACUUAUCAGAGAGCUCCGAAGCAUGCCUCAGGCGCUUGGAUUCCUUUGUUUUCAAAGGUUUGAAAAGCGGAUCUUUGGAUCUCCCCGAAAUCGCGGAUGGGAAGGGUGUGACCAGCGUGCGGAGCAGAGCUACGAGCGGUGACAAUUCACCGCCCAUCAGUGCUAAACCUCCACUUCAGGCGCUCUUGGCUGAAAGGACAUCGGAGGAAGCCUUCGAAGGUCCGCCAUCUUGGAAGAAGCAGCUCCAAGCCAUUCUGUCUGCAAAUUCAAGAGGUACUGUGGAAGAAUUUCACGAUUUAUUGAGUUCCCUUGCAGGGGACAGCCAUGAGAGCGACGGAAUCAAUGAAAUGAAAGCAGUGGAAGAUUGUGAUGGAGUUGACAAUAGGUCCUUUGUCAGCCUAUGUGCUGCGGUUCUCAGUGCCCAGACUCGAGACAGAGCUGCAAUCAGUGGAAUACAAAAACUUUCUGAUUCGAUUGGCCCGAGUGGGCUGCAAAAAAACGAUUCAAGAGCUCGCCGAUUUCCCGAUUUUUCGCCAGCUGCUCUUGCACUGGCUCCACCUUCCCUGAUUGAGCAGUGCCUAAAGGGAGUUAACUAUUUCAAAACGAAGGCAAAAAGACUGGGACAGAUUGCAGCACUUUUACUCACCAAGCAUGCAGGUCGAGUGCCUGCCACCUUCGAUGAACUGACAGCUCUUCCAGGGGUUGGUGCAAAAGUGGCCAAUUUGGUCCUGUCCGUGACCUUUGGAAAAGAUGCUGGCAUGGUGGUGGAUACACAUGUCCACCGAGUUGCUCGACGCUUGGGUUGGUCUGAUGGGAAUGUACCCGAGAAGACUCGCAAAGACCUGGAGCAAUUUAUGUCUUCCGAAAUUCGAGAGCAUGUGACUAUUCGGUUGAUCGCGUUCGGCCAAGAAAUAUGUCGCCCGCAAUAUCCAAAAUGUGACAGCUGUCCUGUUGCAAGGGAGCAGCUUUGUCCAACAUAUGCACGGAGGCUUCACGGGGGUCGCGAGCCUUUAACUGGCACGUUUUUUCCCUCUUUGCGCCCGAGCCCAAAGUCCCGGAAGAGAAUUUUCAUUGAAAUCGACGAUGCUUGA